CGGCAGCCGCCGCGUCAGCGGAUUCCUUGCCUCUGUCUCUGGGGUUUUCACAGGUUUCGCUUGAUCAACAGCAUUCAUUCUUAGUGGACAAACAGAAUUCAGUCUUGUGGCUUAGAAAUUAUUGGCUCUCUGGCCAAGUAGCCGUUUAAACAGUGACUGGGUGGCCCUGGGUGACCAGGACGAUGACUCUGCCUGUUCCUGAGAAGGCUGACGUCGUGCGUGGGUGUCGGCCAGGCGUCUGGGUCUGGAGUGGAGGCAGGCCUGGCAGAAACCCUGGCAGGAGAGGGCGGGGCUGCGGGAAGCGGUGAGUCCCUCAGUCCACCGGCCAGGCCUCCGAAACACUGCCCGUCCCUGGGGCGGCACUCACCAGGCCCCUGCCUCUUUCCUUGUUCUCCCCUGAGCCCAGGUCGGGGUCCGCCCGCCCAGAGGGGGGGCGUGUGGCUUCCCAGGGCUGGCGCUGCGAUGCCCCCGGGAUGUGUCACCCAGGUGCUCUGGACUCCUGGCCGUCAGGUGCCUGGCUGUGUCCUUGUCCUUUUACAAAGGAGACCACAGGCUCCAGGAUGUCAGAUAUGGUCCCUGAUGUCCACAGAGAGAGGAGAGCUGGGCUCUGAGCUAUGUCUGUUUGACGUGAGGUUUAUGCCCCGACCCACCUGGUCGUGCUCAGCCAAGACCAGAGGUGUUUCGUGCAAAGCUGGGCCAGCUCGCCUGUCUUCAGGGUGGCUGGGGAGACAGCCUCCCCAAAGCAUCGUCACCUCUUUACGAUUCCCUUCCGGGCGGGAGUGGUUCUGGGGGUCUUGAGCCACCUGCCCUGCCUGUGAUGUCGCCCACCAGGCCUCCCCACUGGGGGACGCCCGGAUAGGCGGCCUGGGCUUUAUCAACCCAACUCGGGUGCUUUGAGGGUGAAAAGGGCUCAGGACUAACUUCGCCAGCGUGUCGGGGGUGUGUGCCUGGCUCCGGGCACCUCACGUACCAGUUGCCAGGGAGCUGAGCAUCCUGAGUCCUAUUCGGCUUUUACUUUUCUAACUUGGUAGUAGGGAGGUUUUCCUACAGAAAAGUAGCUAGAUUUGACAGUCGUGUGUGGGUGUGUGAUUCGCAGACCAUUUUAAAGUAAAUCAAACACUUCGUUCUUAAAUACUUCAUAUGCAUCUCUAAAAAGAUCAUUCUUUACACAACCUCGAUACCAUUAUCACACCUCAGAAAAUUAACAGUAAUUCCCCAAUGCCACCAAACUCCCAGUCAUUUUCAAAAUGAUUUUUAUAAUGUUUUAAAACCAUGCUUCACUCAAGACCACAUCCUCCUUUGUGGUUAUGUUGCCUAACUCUGCAUUCUUACCUUUUAUGAUGAGAAGUCUUCAUCACGUGCAGUGUAUAUGUGAAUGGACAGAGUGCGUGGCACCUGUCUUUCUGUCUGGUCCAGAUCCUCCCUUCAAAGCCUGGACAUCCUCUCCUUUUGCCUCUGAGUAUCCACCGCGGUCUCCUUCUGUGUUCUCAGCUGGAAUUCUAUGAAGGCGGAUUUUCCCAAGCCCACUCUGGGACCCUGAAGUGCAGUUUGUACAGAAAAGGCCUGAUAAGUGCGGUGUCUUUUCCCUAUUUUUCAGACCUCAGAAUAAUGCUUGUUCUCUGACUUCCUCCUCGGACACCCAAGGUGACCAGUUACUUUCUCUUUUUCGUCUCAGAUAUCUUUCCUGUGUUUGGUCCAUUGAAGCCGUUCUCAGGAACGGGCAGAUUCAUCGUCCUGGUCACCCAGGGCCACCCAGUCACUGUUUAAAUGGCUACUUGGCCAGAGAACCCAGGGCGCUCUGGGUGAUUGUGAGGGAUACGUGCAUUUAACCAAGGGUCAUCCCAGGACUCAGAGUAACUCUGGGGUGCUGGGCUAGGCCUGGUGUGUGUGUGUGAGUGACAGAGACAGAGACUGAGGCAGAAAUGCCGCAGGAAGCUCUGGCCUGUGGACUGCCUUCCUCAGGAGGGCACCGUGGCCCCCCGCAGACUGCAGAGGGGUGGGGUGCUGUGCUGUGAGAGGGAGGUCCAUUUGUUAUCAGGGCCCUGAGAUGUUAAAAUCCUUUGGGAAAAGCUCACAGGGCUGAAUGGAUGGGAUGAGAAGACAACACGGCCUCUCCCGUAACCCAGAGUAGCCCAGGUGGGAGGAAUUGCAGGCUUAACUUCCAGUGACCAACAGAGGCCGGGCCCAAGGCUGCCCUUCUUCCUUCCUGGGCCGGCUUCUGCCGCCAGCUCCUUCCAGAUUCCCACGGCUGUUGGUCGUGGAGGAGAGGCCACCAAUGGUGAUUGGUCCACCCACCCACCCCCAUCAUCCAUCCAUCUAUCAUUCAUCCAUCAUCCAUCCAUCCAUCAUCCAUCCAUCCGUCCAUUUUCCUUCCAUUAUUCAUCCAUCAUCCAUCCAUCAUCCAUCCGUCCAUCCAUCAUCCAUCUUACAUCCAUCCAUCAUCCAUCCGUCCAUCCAUCAUCCAUCCAUCCAUCAUCCAUCUUACAUCCAUCCAUCAUCCAUCCAUCCGCCCACCAUCCAUCAUCCAUCCAUCCGUCCAUCUUCCUUCCAGUAUUCAUCCAUCAUCCAUCCAUCAUCCAUCUUACAUCCAUCCAUCCGUCCAUCUUCCUUCCAUUAUUCAUCCAUCAUCCAUCCAUCCAUCAUCCAUCCAUCCAUCUGCCCACCAUCCAUCCAUCCAUCUUCCUUCCAUCAUCCAUCCAUCAUCCAUCCAUCCAUCAUCCAUCCAUCUGUCCAUCUUCCUUCCAUUAUUCAUCCAUCAUCCAUCCAUCCAUCAUCCAUCCAUUCAUCAUCCAUCCAUCCAUCCGCCCACCAUCCAUCCAUCCAUCCAUCUUCCUUCCAUCAUCCAUCCAUCAUCCAUCCAUCCGUCAUCCAUCCAUCCGUCCAUCUUCCUUCCAUUAUUCAUCCAUCAUCCAUCCGCCCACCAUCCAUCCAGGGCAUACCAGUCAUGCAUCUGGCAUGUGCAGGCUUGUUGGGGGCACAGCUGUACGAGCUGCAGCCUGCCCUGCAGAUGGGACCACAGGCAGGAGGAGUCACCCCCGGUCCUGCCUUCUCAGGCCCCAUCCCGGCAGGGGGCUCAGACAGUGCAAGAGGAGCUCCGAGGAGGGACAUCUGCUGCCGGGGGGCUGAAGGAGUGUUGUCGGUGGGUGUCGGUGUGUGGCGGUGGGCAGAUGGUCCAGGUGAGAACUCGUGGGAAGGAGGGUCUGGGCCAAGUAGGACGGGGGGCAGUGGGGUGGGGGAGCCAGGUCGGGGCAGCUUCCAGGCCAACCAGAGUUUGCGCUCGGCACUGAGCCCAGCAGAGCAGGCCUGGCCUGAACACGGCCGGCCGGAGGAGAGGGCGCCGGGCUGACUUCUGCCACCUCCCUAGGCUCGUGCUGCCUGCCGAUGGGCCAGCGAUAGGCCUGCCCUGAGGACCACGUGCGCCCAUGGUGGGCAGGGCAGGCUCGCCCCGUGAAAGCCCCUCCCAACGUCAGAGCAGGCCCUUUGAGCUCAGGCCUGAGUUUGGACCAUGGAAGCAGCAGGAACCGGGGAUGGCGGGGGCGGGGGUGGGGGGGACAGGGAGACUUCCCGGGUGCCCGCUCGCUCUUGCAGGAAAUGGCCGCUGCUUCAGGACUGGAGCCAUCUGUGUCUUCUGGCAGCCUUGAAGUUGCCACCUGCCACUUGACGGGUCAUUUGUCACUUGACAGGGAUCGACUCUCACCUGACAGGACCGCCUGCCACCUGGCAGCUCAGCCCUGGCCCCAGGGGCGGGCCCUGCCCCCAGCCCCCUCUCCUCGGCCGUCAUCCCUGGACGCUGCGAGAGGUGCCCUCUCCCCACCAUCUCGUCCAGCCUCGAGCGGCACCGAGCGGGCCUGGAGGACGCUUGCACAGGAGGAGUCCAGCGGGAGAACUGGGAUGUGGGGCAGUGCCGAGGACGACCGCCGGGCAGAGCAGCCCGGGCACAGGACCAGUCAGGCCACGAGCAUCCUGCGGCCCAUGGCCACAGCUGACUGCCCGGCCCCGCCGCCCAAUUCCCGGAGACCCCACGUCCCGGCAAGGGGGUCCACGUCCCAGCCCGGAACCUGUGAGGAAAUCGAGUCUUUGCAGACACCGUCCAUCUAGCUAAGGAUCUGGUCUUGCGGGCUACGGUGGCCCCAGUGCAGGGGUUGGCGUCCUGUAAGACAGGGAGGAUGCCUGAGGCUCAGACAUGCUGGGAGGAGCCCGGGCGGGAGCUGGGGGCGUGGCCGCCACAGCCUGGGUCACACCCUGGCCCCAUCCAUCCAUCAGUCCAUCCAUCCAUCCGUCCAUCUAUCCAUCCAUCGCCUGCGGACGCUGCUCCGGGAGAUUCAGCUUAGGAUGCGGUUUCUGUGAUGUAGCACUUCAGCAUCUCAACUUUAAAAACCCACAUCAAAUAUUUUCUGAAGACUCCCGUGUGUCUGUGCAGUUUGGAGGGAAUUUUUCCUUAUCCAGGGUCUUCAAGGAGAAAGGUCCGCGUGGCAAGAUGGUCUUUUAUGGCGCAAUAUUUUCUGUGGCCACAGGAGGGCGACUCCAUAAAGGAAAACAGAACUGUGGGCGGGAGCCCCACCUCUGUCCCCUCCCACAUGCACCUGCACAUGCCUGCACACACGUGCACACAGGCACACAUGGUAGAGUAAAUCGGUCGUCCUUAAACUUUAAUAAUGUUGAAGUUAAUCGAAGCUAAAGUGAGUUGGAGGGGGAGGGGACCAGAGUGGUUUCCUCUCUCCUCGGUGGAAUAAAAUAGCUUUACUGGAGAGCUGGAAGCUUUCCUUGUUCAACAUUUACCCUCUAGUCUCAUCAUGUUAUAAAUAACACGUCAAAGGAUUCACAAGAACACAGCUUUAAAAGAUAAAAUUAGGCUCUACCAAUAGCUCCAGAUUUUUUUCCUAUACUCACACUCCUAGAACAUUUCUACAUCUUUCACUCAAAUAACAUCUGACAAACGAUAAUUUGUAGUUUCCUGAGCUAAUAGAGAAAAAUAAAAUCUGUUGUUAAUAUUUCUAGCACCUUCUGGCUAAAAUAAUCCCAUGACCUGCUGAAGCCUGCACUGGUCCCCCACUAGUAGGUGAUGGGUAGGAAACGUCAAGCCUGCCCAAACUUGCACCAGAGCCCGGCCAUCCCGGUUGCCUGGGAGCAAAUGGGAGGCAUUGCAUCUCUGCCCUUGAAAAAAACCCGUCUUAGAAUUUAAAAAAAAAAUUUUAUUGGAGUAUAGUUGCUUUACAAUAUUGUUAGUUUCUGCUGUACAGCAAAAUGAAUCAGCUAUACGUAUAUAAUCUUUUUUGGAUUUUCUUCCCAUUUAGGUCACCACAGAGCAUUGAGUAGAGUUCCCUGAGCUAUACAAUAGGUUCUCAUUAGUUAUCUAUUUUAUACAUAGUAUAUAUGUACGUAGUGUAUAUAUGUCAAUCCCAAUCUCCCAAUUCAUCCCACCCCCCCUUCCCCCUUGGUAUCCAUACGUUUGUUCUCUUUGUCUGUGUCUGUUUCUGCUUUGUAAAUAAGAUCGUUUAUCCAAUUUUUUUUUUCAGAUUCCACAUAUAUGUGUUAAUAUAUGAUAUUUGUUUUUCUCUUUCUGACUUACUUCACUCUGUAUGACAGUCUCUAGGUCUGUCCAGGUCUCUGCAAAUGACCCACUUUUGUUCCUUUUUAUAGCUGAGUAAUAUUCCAUUGUAUAUAUGUACCACAUCUUCUUUAUCCAUUCAUCUGUCGAUGGACAUUUAGGUUGCUUCCAUGUCCUGGCUAUUGCAAAUAGUGCUGCUGGGAACAUUGGGGUGCGUGUGUCUUUUUGAAUUAUGGUUUUCUCUGGGUAUAUGCCCAGUAGUGGGAUUGCUGGGUCGUAUGGUAGUUCUAUUGUUAGUUUUUUAAGGAACCUCCAUACUGUUCUCCACAGUGGCUGUAUCAAUUUACAUUCCCACCAACAGUGCAGGAGGGUUCCCUUUUCUCCACACCCUCUCCAGCAUUUAUUGUUUGUAGAUUUUUUGAUGAUGGAGAAUUGUUUUUGAAGCUCUUGAUGCGAACAUGCAGCUGUUUCAUUAAUCCUGACUUUUACAAUGAGUCAUUUCUCCAAGGUGUGGUUUAACUUCCUAAUAACUAGUGGAAGUCUUCCUGUCCCCUAGCCGCAUGAUGUGACACUUUGUGACGUCAAAGAGGGUGACAUCUAGUGUCCCCUGUCCUCUACUCCCUACCAGACUGUUAUUGAAACCGAGGUGAAAAACAGGCUGACGGAAGAAAUAAAACAAAGGGGAAGAAGGCAGCGGCCAAACCCGAACUGCCCCAAUCCUGAUAACACCCAUGAGAAGUCAUCGCCCCUCCCCGUCGGUCCCCAUUUAAAAUGCACAGGGGGGAAUUUGAAAUACGUGCUGUGCUCUGACAUGCCUGCUGCAGCCUCUUCCUCAAAACGACCCCCUUGAUCCAAACUCAGACCUGAGAAAACCUCCGGGGUCACCAGCCAGUCUAGGAAACGACAUCCUUCUAAUAGAUUGGCUUCCAUUUUGAUGCAAGUCAAUUGAUUUAUGUGACUCCUUUGUGAGCUUCAGUCUUGGGCUUAAAGGGUUUAUUGUUUGCGUUGGAAGGACAGCGUAUGACAGUAAGCGUGGGGUUUCCAGUGUCCUUCCGUGUAGUUGUAAAAACCUCGCGUCAGUCUAUCAUCCAGGUUUAGGAACUAGGAAAUACAGGUAUGGUCUAGAAAAAUUCACCUCUCCACCCCUUUUAUGUGCUCUUAAAUCUACUUUCUUUUCAUUUUUAGCUGCAUUGACAAAUACUUUGCUGUAAGUCCAAGCUUCUUGGGAGAAUAUAAAUAUUAGUCAGAUCUGCCACCUAAAUACCUUUCAUUAGAGCCAGGCAACCAAUUUCAUUUCAGAGUAAGAGGCUGCCUGCAGAUUUCUGGAAUUCUAUUUUUUAUAUACAAUCUCUACCGCGUACAUAUUUUUAAUGCAAUGUCUGUUGCCCGAUCAGAAUAACAGGACUGACCCGGUGCUGAUUACCCGGUGGAAGUGAGUUUCCUCGCGUGUGGGUCUCACCUCCGGCUGUGCUAUGGAUUUGCCAGAACUGACAUUAUGAUCUCCUCAGCACAGUUUAUAUUUAUCACAGCCAGUUUAGAAAGAGUUGGAAUUAAUUAGGGAAUGUUUCAAAUGUCAAAUCGUUAAAUGAAACUGUAAAAAGUAAGUUGUGGUCUUUGGCAAGCAAGUAUUUCAUAAAAUAAGAUCCCUGGAAUGAAAUGGUCAUUGCUCUGAAAUAUAUAGUUUUAUUACCACUUUUAGGGACACGGAUUAACAAUCCAAGAGUUUUAGAUUUGAUACGAAUAGUGAUGUCUUAUAGCUGCCACAGGAAGUCAUGGGGUUUGAUGUCUAAGACAUCACCAGAGACUCGAGGACGUAUUCAGUCAAAACGUGGCGUAGUUAAGGGUGUGUCUGCGUGUGGGGGGCACCUGCCAGUUGUUCGUUGCAUUUUGAAGGUCAUUUACAAAGCGUUCAGAAUGAUAGAUAAUGUAGAAAAUAUUGAAAGCUGAAGUUAACAAAUACAGGAAUCUUCUUUGAAAUAGAUGAUCAAGCCGCUGGGAGGUGACCUGGGGCGUCCAGCAGGAGGGACACUGCCUGUUCACCGGCUGCCUCGCCUCUGUCACAUGCCAUCUGUGGUGACUAAUGAGGACCACGGGUACCAACAACUUCAGAAAUUCCCCCAAACUGAGAAUCUUGUCUCCUUCCUAAAUGUGGUUCUGAUGACACAGAAACAGUUUCUGUUUCGAUGCGUUGAUGUUACAGCGAACAAGCUGUGACAAACGAGUCUGUCGGGGAGCACUCACGGUUUUUCUCUUUUUUUUCUGGUUGUUUUUGUUGAAAACACUUCUUUUUUCAGUGUGAAAGGAGCUGGUAAGGAGGUAUGAACAGCCAGCGUCUGUAAAAGCGUCUGCUGGUCUUGAAGCCGGGAGCCAGGACGUGAAUGUUCGCUGGAUGGUGCACACGGUCCGGGGGCGGCAGGGGCCCCGAGGCUUUUCACAGAAAUGCAGACAGACGAGGCUGAAGCCAAGAAGCCCUCCUCACGGUCAGAGGGAGAACUUCUGUCCCUGGGGGGCAGCGUGCAGACUUCUACGUGGAGACUGUAAAGCCCUGGCCUGCAGUCAUGUCUGUGAUCAAAUCUGUCUGGUUGGUCCGAGCCGACGGCCGCAGCUGAAAUCAGUCCACUUUUUUUCUUUUUUUUAAUUAUAUAUUUAUUUAUUUAUUUUUGGCUGCGUUGGAUCUUCGUUGCUGUGCGCGGGCUUUCUCUAGUUGUGGCGAGCGGGGGCUACUCUGUUGCGGUGUGUGGGCUUCUCAUUGCAGUGGCUUCUCUUGUUGCGGAGCACGGGCUCUAGGCACACGGGCUCAGUAGUUGUGGCACGCGGGCUCUAGAGCGCAGGCUCAGUAGCUGUGGCACACGGGCCUAGUUGCUCCGCGGCAUGUGGGAUCUUCCUGGACCAGGGCUCGAACCCGUGUCCCCUGCAUUGGCGGGCGGCUUCAUAACCACUGCACCACCAGGGAAGCCCUCAGUCCACUUUCACGUACGAAGUUCUCACGCUCCUCGGGGGUCAACCCGACACUGGCCUUUGGCUGCGUGAAGUGAGCAGGUGGGAGAAGCGCACUGCAGACGGCACGCCGUUGCCAUAGGGAACCGUGGUCCCGGCGUGGUCAUUGCUGGAUGGUUCCGGAGGCCUCUCUCUGAGAUGGAGAAGCAGGACCGGGCUGACCUCCAGGCCCUUGCUUUACCGCGGCGUCUCUCGCUGCACUGCUGCCUGGACGGGAGGCGCCCACAGCCCCUGCCGGUCCCAGCCCGUGUCCGCGAGUCUCGUGCACGCACAUGCAGUCACGCGUGUUACACAUCCAGACGUGCUGCCCUCAGAGCCGCCCCCUUGGGAGGGGAUGUUUACCCUCUGAUGCACAGGGAAGAUGCUUUGGGGGGCCAUGGUGGGCUCUGCGCUUUGGUGAGAGUGCUUGGUCCUGGGGACAGCCAGGAGCUCAUCGGGGAGGCCUGGUGUGUGGAGGGGGGGUGCGGCCGGAUCGCGGCCGGGAAGUGGCCGGGAGUCACGUCCGGGUGAGCUGCCGGCGCUGUGGGCGCUCGGGGGGUGGCCCGUGAGAGGGAAGAAGAGAUCUGACCCGACCUGAUCAGCCACGACACUGGCUUCUCCCAGACGGCCCCUGAAGUGGGAGCCCACAGUGCCCUGUGUCCCGUGUCCACCAUCCGCCACGAGGGGGCACUUGUGCAGGAGAGCACAUCCUGGUGAGCGCCGACAGGCGUCAGACAUUAACUUGAUGUGUCACAGGCGUGGCUCAAAAGUUCAGCCACACGCGUGCGCGCGCACACACACACACACACACACACACACACACACGUGCUCUCGCUGCCACUGACUCUGAAUCUUCCCCCGGCACAGGGUCUGGAGCAGCUCUGCCCACCAGGGGGCCCCCAUCACAGCAUCCUGUCCGGAGACCAGCCCAGCCUCACUCGUCCCAGCCUUCCUGAGUCCUCACUUGCCUUCACAGACGGUCCGGGCCGAAGAGAGCGCCGUGUGGCUUGCGGGAUCUUAGCUCCCUGACCAGGGAUCAAAGCUAGGCCCGCUGCCUUGGAAGGGCGGGGUCCCAACCCCUGGACGGCCGGGAAUUCCCAAAAGCAGGUGGAAUCUGGAUGGCCACUUGAUCCAACCUCGGUGUGUCCAGACCGAAGGCCGGCCUCUUGGUCCUGGCGCCUAGCCUUUCUGCUGAGGCCUCCUCUGUCCUUUCGGGGCCUCGGUCUCUCCACGUCCACACACCUCGUUCCUCCUUCGAAGUCCCUGACAGUUUAGAUGAGCAGGACGUUGGCUACAGGGCACGUUGUCCCUGCCCAUAAAUCCAAUCUAGCUCCACCUGCCAGGAAGGCAGAGGUGAGUCCGACCAAGCCUGAGGCUUCCUGGUCAUGUGACAAAAGGGCGCUGGUUCCUGCUGGUUCCUGCUGGUUCGGGCACCCCUGCCCGUGCUGGCACACAGGGAAAGCUCAUCCCCUGCUGCUUGUGUUCUAGUGGCAGAAAUGAAACUGUUUUGGCUAUUCUGGGUCCCUUGAAAUUUCAUAUGAAUAUUAAAUCAGCUUCUCAUUUUCUACAAAGAUAUCAGCUGGGAUUCUUACAGGGAUUGCAUCAAAUCUGUAGAUGAGUUUGGAGAGAAUUGUCAUUGUAACAAUAUUAUGUCUUCUGAUCCAUGAACGUGGGAUGCUUUCUAUUUAUUUAGACCUUUAGUUUCCUGUGACAAUGUUUUGUAGUUUCAGAGUGUAAGUUUUGCAUUUUUUUGUUAAAUGUACUCCUAAGUAUUUUAUUCUUUUAAUGCUAUUAUGAGUGGAAUCAUUUUCUUAGUUUCAUUUUCAGAUUGCUCAUUGCAGUUGUACAGAAAUACAAUUGAUUUUUGCAUAUUGAUCUUGUAUCCUACAACCUUGUUGAACUCAUUCAUUAGUUGUAAUACUUUUUGAGUGAUUCCUUAGGGUUUUCUAUGUUCAAGAUUAUGUCAUUUGCAAAUAGAGUUUUAUUUCUUCCUUUCCAGUUUGGAUGCCUCUUAUUUCUUUUCUUGUCAUAUUACCCUGGCCUGACCCUCCAGCAGGACGUUCAGUAUUGGCAGUGAGAGCGGACUCCCGUGUCUCAUCCUGGUCUUAGGAGGGGAGCCUGCAGCCUUUUACCACGUGUGAUAUCAGCUGUGGGUUUUUUCUAGAUGCCCUUUAUCAAGUGGAGGAAGUUCCCUUGCAUUCCUAGUUGUUUUUUUUUUUUUUGAGUAUUUUUAUCAUGAAAGGGUGUUGGGUUUUGUCAAAUGCUUUUUCAGUAAAUAAGAUGAUCAUGUGAUUUUUGUUUUUAAUUCUGUUCAUCUAAUGUGUUACAUUAAUUGAUUUUCGGAUGUUAAACCAAUCCUGUGUUCCUGGGAUAAACUCCACGUGGUCAUGGGGUAUGAUUCUUUUUCUAUGUUGCUGGAUGUGGUUUACUAGUAUUUUGUUGAGGAUUUUGUUGUCCAUAUUCAGAAGAGAUAUUGAUUUGUAGUUUUCUCGUGAUAUCUUUGUCUGAUUUUGGUAUCAGGGUAAUACUGACUUCAUAAAAUGAGGCAUAUUCAUAAAAUAAGUCUCCCAAUCUGUGAAGUGUCUAGAAUUUUGCUAGGGGGUCGACAUGAAGUGUGCAGGUCCUAGAAUCUUCAAGCCAGUUUUUUGGCUUUGAGUUUCCAUUUGCAGAUUAGCUUUGUCACCUUGCAAAGACUUCCAGAGUGAAUUUAGACUGAAAUAUUAGAACUUUGACCGUUGGAGGUGCUACAUUUCACCUCAUGUCCGGUGAAAUAUUUAAUUAAUGAAUGAACGAGCUCCCUACCCUCCUCUGCAAAUUCCAGGGUGGUCAGAACUCUGUUCACUCUCCCAACUUUUUGAGACUUCUCCCAAACUGAAAUUCCCUGUCUGCUAGAUGCCUGUUUUUCACGCUUUUAGUGCUACUACUAAUGCCUCAUGGUCACUCAGCACUUGCUGUCUGUAAACCUCUUGCACACGUGACCUUGUUUGAUCUUCACAAAAACCUCUGCAGGCGCACUUUCACGGCCUCCGUUUUCUGGACGAGGAAACUGGAGAUGGCAGGUGACCUGCCACCGCCCCUGUGACAUCGGGUUGGGGGGGGGACAUGCUGGACCGUCUGCACUCAGCUGGGGCUGGCCCACAGCUGCCCCCGUCUCCGCCCUUGUCACCCACCCCUCUGCCUGCUCUGCUCAGAACUCUGGGCCGCCGGAGGACGACCGUGUCCCUUAAGGAGGAGGAAGCAUGGACGCUACUGAGGCUUCCUUGGCAACUUGUUCUUUAAUCAAAACCAUCACAAUUUGCGCCUCCGUCUUGAUUACACCUCUCCCGCGGGCACCCCUGAUUCCCUGCCUCAUCCUUGAUUUUUUAUUUAAUUUUUUCCCACUCUUCGUUCUGAUUUCUAGGUCAGAGACUUUGAGACUCAUUCUUGCUUCAAGUGGGCUUGGCGAUUCUGCCCGGCAUGAGCUUGUUCCUGAGGGCGAGGGACGGUGGUGUCCGGAGGGGCAGUGGGCGGCCCCCGCAGUGCAGGCCAGGGGCCCGGGCGCUGUCCUC